UCGGCCCUUCCUUCGCGCCCGUGUCCCCGCGCGGCUCCCCGCGCCAGAUUGGCCCUCCCCCGGGGCGCGCUCGCACACCGAGAUAUGAGGAUCAAUGAUGCAGACUGCUGGGUUCGAUGAAGCUGGGCAUUUAUAACUAGAUUCAUUAAGGAAUACAAAGAAAAUAUUUAAAGGGAUCAAUAAUGGUGUCUUCUGGCUGCAGAAUGCGAAGUCUGUGGUUUAUCAUUAUAAUCAGUUUCUCACCGAGUACAGAAGGUUUCAGCAGAGCAGCCUUACCAUUCGGGUUAGUUAGACGAGAGCUAUCCUGUGAGGGUUAUUCUAUAGACCUGCGAUGUCCGGGCAGUGACGUCAUCAUGAUCGAGAGUGCGAACUACGGUCGGACGGACGACAAGAUCUGCGAUGCAGACCCCUUUCAAAUGGAGAACACAGACUGCUACCUCCCUGAUGCCUUCAAAAUCAUGACUCAAAGGUGCAACAAUCGAACACAGUGUAUAGUAGUUACCGGGUCAGAUGUAUUUCCUGAUCCAUGUCCCGGAACUUACAAAUACCUUGAAGUUCAAUAUGAAUGUGUCCCUUACAACUUAAUAUUGCAAAUUUGAUAAUAUAUAGUAUAUGUAAUAUAGAAAAUUAAUUAGAAUUUGUAGUUUGAAUUAUAUGUAAUCUUAAGUAGAUUUGCUAAUAUUUAACGGGUGUUAUUUACCAUUACAAAAUCUAUUGGGCGAGGGGAGAUUGAUAUACUCCUUGGAAAGGGAGCAUUUUGUUAAAUGAUUAAGACAUUUUUCUAGAUAGGAAAUAAUAGAAAAGAAUUGAAAUAUACUGAGAUGCAUGGCUGUGUAGGUUUUUUUUUUUUUUUUUUUUUUUUACUCAUCUAAAUAUGUCUGGGUGGUAAUGGAGCCAUCUCAAAAUUUAUUAAAUUUGACUUAAACUCCAAAGCCAAGUUGUGAACCUUACAGAUGUAUUUUCCUUCCAUGCAUAUAUAAUGAGAGUCAGUUUGAUAAUUAAGCUCAAUGGAGAUGACACACCUGUGCAUGCUUUUAUUAUGUCAAUAGUGUACGUAUAUAAAGGAGAGCCGGGUCAGAAUGCAGGGUGACUUUGGCAAGCCCCGAGUACAUGUAGCUUGCAUUAGUGAGGCGUUUCAUGACUUAUUCAGGCACACUAAGUGAAACAGCAUGCCAACGUCUUUGUAUUGCCUCCUUAAUCUACUAAAAUGAUUGAUCCGUGUUCUUCCAUGUAACUUUAGAAUCUCUCUCCUGCUAGGUCCUCCUGUGUUUCUCUUUAUCCAAAGUAGUACAACAACCCCUAUUCUUCCUAUAUUUAGCAUCUAUUACGAAUUCAAUCUUAGACUAAUAGUCAAUUUAUUUUUAAUCUUUUUUUUCUUUUUUUCCCUUGCACUUUUUUUUUUAUUUUUCUUCCGAUGCUUAAAAUAGAAGUGGAGCAAAAAGUCUUUGUGUGUCCUGGAACCUUGAAAGCAAUUGUGGACUCACCAUGUAUAUAUGAAGCUGAGCAGAAGUCAGGGGCUUGGUGCAAGGACCCCCUUCAGGCUGCAGAUAAAAUUUAUUUUAUGCCCUGGACUCCCUACCGCACCGAUACGUUAAUAGAAUAUGCCUCUUUAGAAGAUUUUCAAAACAGCCGCCAGACAACAACAUACAAACUUCCAAACCGAGUAGACGGUACUGGAUUUGUGGUGUAUGAUGGAGCCGUCUUCUUUAACAAGGAAAGAACCAGAAACAUUGUUAAGUUUGACUUGAGGACUAGAAUCAAGAGCGGCGAGGCUAUCAUCAACUAUGCCAACUACCACGAUACGUCACCCUACAGAUGGGGUGGGAAGACAGACAUUGACCUCGCAGUGGAUGAGAACGGCUUAUGGGUCAUUUAUGCCACGGAGCAGAACAAUGGAAUGAUCGUGAUCAGCCAGCUCAACCCUUACACUCUUCGAUUCGAGGCAACCUGGGAGACAGCGUAUGACAAGCGUGCGGCGUCCAAUGCUUUCAUGAUAUGUGGGGUUCUCUAUGUGGUCAGGUCAGUGUACCAAGACAAUGAAAGCGAAGCAGGCAAGAACACCAUUGACUACAUCUACAACACGCGACUAAGCCGGGGCGAGUACGUGGACGUUCCUUUUCCCAACCAGUACCAGUAUAUUGCUGCAGUGGAUUAUAAUCCAAGAGACAACCAACUCUACGUAUGGAACAAUAACUUCAUUUUACGGUAUUCCCUGGAGUUUGGUCCUCCUGACCCUGCCCAAGUGCCUACCACAGCUGUGACAAUAACUUCUUCAGCUGAGCUGUUCAAAACCACAAUAUCCACCACGAGCAGUGCCUCCCAGCGAGGCCCCGUGAGCAGCACUGCAGCUGGUCCUCAGGACGGAAGCAGAGGGACAAAGCCACCUCCAGCCGUCUCUACAACCAAAAUUCCUCCUGUAACAAAUAUUUUUCCCCUGCCAGAGAGAUUCUGCGAAGCGUUAGACUGGAAGGGGAUAAAGUGGCCUCAGACACAAAGGGGGAUGAUGGUUGAGCGACCCUGUCCCAAGGGAACAAGAGGGACGGCCUCGUAUCUGUGCAUGGCUUCCACGGGAACAUGGAACCCGAAGGGCCCUGAUCUUAGCAACUGCACGUCUCACUGGGUGAACCAGCUGGCCCAGAAGAUCAGAAGUGGAGAGAAUGCUGCGAGCCUGGCCAAUGAACUAGCUAAGCACACCAAGGGGCAUGUGUUUGCAGGGGACGUGAGCUCCUCUGUGAGGCUGAUGGAACAGUUGGUGGACAUCCUGGAUGCUCAGCUGCAGGAGCUGAAGCCGAGUGAGAAGGAUUCGGCUGGGAGGAGCUAUAACAAGGCAAUUGUGGACACGGUAGACAACCUUCUGAGAGCUGAGGCUUUGGAAUCCUGGAAACACAUGAAUUCUUCAGAGCAGGCGCACACAGCCACAAUGUUGUUGGAUACCUUGGAAGAAGGAGCAUUCGUCCUAGCAGACAACCUUUUGGAACCAACCAGGGUCUCCAUGCCAACAGAAAAUAUUGUUUUAGAAGUUGCUGUCCUCAGCACGGAAGGGCAGGUCCAAGACUUUAAAUUCCCUCUGGGCUUAAAGGGGUUGGGCAGCUCCAUCCAGCUCUCUGCCAACACGGUCAAACAGAACAGCAGGAAUGGGCUGGCCAAGCUGGUAUUCAUCAUUUACCGGAGCCUGGGACAAUUCCUAAGCACUGAGAACGCAACCAUAAAGCUGGGUGCAGACCUCAUGGGUCGGAACAGCACCAUUGCGGUGAACUCUCCCGUCAUCUCCGUCUCCAUCAAUAAGGAGUCCAGCCGCGUGUACCUGACAGAUCCCGUGCUUUUCACACUGCCACACAUUGAUCCUGACAAUUAUUUCAAUGCAAACUGCUCCUUCUGGAACUACUCAGAGAGAACCAUGAUGGGAUAUUGGUCUACCCAGGGCUGCAAGCUGGUUGACACUAAUAAAACUCGCACAACGUGCGCUUGCAGCCACCUAACCAAUUUUGCUAUUCUCAUGGCCCACAGGGAAAUUGCGUAUAAAGAUGGAGUGCACCACCUGUUGCUGACAGUCAUCACCUGGGUGGGCAUCGUUGUCUCCCUCGUCUGCCUGGCUAUCUGCAUCUUCACCUUCUGUUUCUUCCGAGGGCUACAAAGUGACCGCAAUACUAUCCACAAGAACCUUUGUAUCAACCUUUUCAUUGCUGAAUUUAUUUUUCUCAUCGGCAUCGAUAAGACAAAAUACACGAUUGCAUGCCCCGUGUUCGCAGGGCUUCUUCACUUUUUCUUCCUGGCUGCUUUUUCCUGGAUGUGCCUGGAAGGUGUGCAGCUCUACCUAAUGUUGGUUGAGGUUUUCGAGAGCGAAUAUUCAAGGAAGAAAUAUUACUAUGUCGCUGGGUACCUGUUCCCGGCCACAGUGGUCGGCGUCUCAGCAGCCAUUGACUACAAGAGUUACGGGACAGUCCAGGCUUGCUGGCUUCACGUUGAUAACUAUUUCAUAUGGAGUUUCAUCGGGCCUGUUACUUUCAUUAUUCUGCUAAAUAUUAUUUUCCUGGUGAUCACGCUGUGCAAAAUGGUGAAACAUUCAAACACUCUGAAACCAGAUUCUAGCAGGUUGGAAAACAUUAAUAAUUACCGUGUUUGUGAUGGCUACUAUAAUACGGACUUACCUGGCUAUGAAGAUAAUAAGCCAUUUAUCAAGUCUUGGGUACUUGGCGCGUUCGCCCUGCUGUGUCUCCUGGGCCUCACCUGGUCCUUUGGGUUGCUUUUUGUUAACGAGGAGACUGUUGUCAUGGCGUAUCUCUUCACCGCCUUUAAUGCUUUCCAGGGACUCUUCAUUUUCAUCUUCCACUGUGCUCUUCAAAAGAAAGUACGAAAAGAGUAUGGCAAGUGCUUCAGACACUGGUACUGCUGUGGCGGCCUCCCGACCGAGAGCCCGCACAGCUCUGUGAAGGCAUCCACCACCCGCACCAGUGCUCGGUACUCCUCUGGCACACAGAGCCGUAUAAGAAGGAUGUGGAAUGACACCGUGAGGAAGCAGUCUGAAUCGUCUUUUAUCUCAGGUGACAUCAAUAGCACUUCUACCCUUAACCAAGGGAUGACUGGCAAUUACCUACUAACAAACCCUCUUCUCCGGCCCCACGGCACUAACAACCCCUAUAACACCCUGCUCGCUGAAACAGUUGUAUGCAAUGCCCCUUCAGCUCCUGCGUUUAACUCGCCAGCUACUCUUAGGCCAGAUAGCCUGAGCAGACAGACAUAAUGACAUUCACUGAACAAUGCCCGGGACACAAGUGCCAUGGAUACUCUACCGCUAAAUGGUAACUUCAACAACAGCUAUUCCCUGCGCAAGGCGGACUACCACGACGGCGUGCAGGUCGUGGACUGUGGACUAAGUCUGAACGACACCGCGUUUGAGAAAAUGAUCAUUUCAGAGUUAGUGCACAACAACCUCCGGGGCGGCAACAAAACCCACAACUUGGAGCUCAAGCUCCCGGUUAAACCGGUGAUUGGCGGCAGCAGCAGUGAAGAUGACGCGAUUGUGGCUGACGCCUCAUCUUUGAUGCAUGGUGACAACCCAGGGCUGGAGUUCCGCCACAAAGAGCUGGAGGCGCCGCUCAUCCCCCAGCGGACUCACUCGCUUCUGUACCAACCCCAGAAAAAAGUGAAGCCGGAGGCAACAGACAGCUACGUCUCCCAGCUGACGGCCGAGGCCGACGACCACCUCCAGUCCCCCAACAGAGACUCUCUGUACACGAGCAUGCCCAACCUAAGAGACUCUCCCUACCCGGAGAGCAGCCCAGACAUGGCAGAGGACCUGUCUCCCUCCAGGAGGAGUGAGAACGAGGACAUUUACUAUAAAAGUAUGCCCAACCUUGGAGCUGGCCGCCAUCUCCACAUGUGCUACCAGAUCAGCAGGGGCAAUAGCGAUGGUUACAUCAUCCCCAUUAACAAAGAAGGGUGCAUCCCUGAGGGGGACGUCCGGGAAGGACAGAUGCAGCUGGUGACAAGUCUUUAAUAGUACGGCUAAGGAAUUCCUAGGGCCACAUGCAAGUAUUAAUUGAUAGAGACGCUGCCAGUGGGGCCCUGCAGCUCCCUCCAACUCGGCCAGAAGACUCGGCUCUGUUGGCCCAUGGUUCUCCACUUGUAGUAAAACGGAUCAGACUGAACCUCACAGUCCUGUGAAUUUUUAUAAAACAUGCAAAAACUUUGUAUAUACACAGAGUAUACUAAAUUGAAUUAUUUGUUACAAAGAAAAAAGAAAUGCCAACCAGGUAUUUUACGUUUCUGCUGCUGUGUAGAGAGAUUGUAAAACAAACAAGAGACCCUCCCUCCCGGCCAUGUUCCUUGCGGCAGUUGGUGAACUGAGUCUGUAAAUAGGGCCCUACCGGUUUUUGUUUUUGUUUUGUUUUGUUUUUCUGUAGGCCUGCAUUGUAUUAUAUACAAGACGUAGGCUUCAAGAUCCUGUGGGACAAAUUGACUGUAUCUUACUUUUCCUGACAAGACUUGGAAAAGCAGGAGAGAGAUUCUGCACCCGUUUGCACUUCCCUGCAAACCUUUUACAUUACGGCAACAACUGAAACCAUGUCGAACCAGUAGCAAUCAAGCCACAGGCCUUAUUUCAUGUCUUCUCAACUGUACAAUGAACUAUUCUCAUGAAAAAAAAAAUGGCUAAAGAAAUUAUAUUUUGUUCUAUUGCUAGGGUAAAAUAAAUACAUUUGUGUCCAACUAAAAAUAUCAUUAAAAUAAUUUUAAAAGAGUUUGGAGAAAAUAUUGUGUCGAGCUCUUGGUUGCACAAAAUAGGCAAAGUUUCUUCUUCCACCCAUCAUGGUGACCUCUGCCCAUCGUUGUUGAUUUCCCACUGUAGACGGCGUCUGCUGCGGCCACUUAGUCCCCUUUCUUACAUUUAAAUUUCUUAUUGCCAAAAGAGUGUGUUUUAUGGGGAGAAAACUUUUUGAAGUCCUGCCAUGCCUUGCACAAAUGUGGGGAAAUCUGGAGGUCUUGAGUCACCCCUCUGUUUAUUCUGGAACAGAGGGCGAAGGGGUCACCGGGCACUUCUCACAGACUUUCUAGUGAACAAAAGGUGCCUAUUCUUUUUUAAAAAAUAAAAUAAAAAUAAAAUAAAACAGAAAUAUUACUCUUCCAUAUUCCUUCUGGCUAUAUUUAGUAAUUAAUUUAUUUUAUGGUAAAGUUCUAAUGACAUGUAAAUUGUUUCAGCAAAGCUCUGCUCUUCUUUCAAGCUCUUUGUGUAAAGCUGUUAAUAACGAGCCUAUUACUAAUAUCCAGUGUAAAGUUUAACACGGUUUGACAGUAAAUAAAUGUGAAUUUUUUCAAGUA